UGUUAGAGAAAGACAAAUUCUGUGUGAAGAACAGCUGAGUUUUGACGUUUCAUUACCGAAAUUCAAAUAAACGAAAUUAAAAUUGAGGUAAAACAGUUUUGUAACAAUAAAAAUGAAAUUAAAGUGGCAAGACAACUACGUAUUCCAUUUAAUUGACAAAGUCCACGGUGCAGAAUAUAUAUGGAAUCAUAUGCUACCAUCAUAUAAGCACAAAUAUAAAAAACAGCAGUUUUGGCUCGCUUUGGUGGAUGAAAUGAACUCAACGUUCACAGCAAAUGUACCAUUUCAAUACGAUGAAGUUACGCACAAGUGGUGCAACAUCAAGUCAUAUUUCAGUUCAGAGAAGCAGAGGAUGGACAAGGCAAAGAGAAGCGCUGCCGGCGGAGACGAAAACGUACAGACCAGCUGGAAGUUCUAUGAAGCUUUGAAAUUCCUAAAACAUGUGAAUGAGCAUACACCAUCAGUGAAUAAUUUUAAUAAGUGGAGUUUGCAGGUACGACUUUUAUUGUGUGAAUCCGGGCAAAGCGUCGAUUCGCGUGCUACGUAAAAUUUGCUUAAUAUUUUCAUUCUCUUGUAGAACCUGGGGAGCAACUGCAGCCUGCAGAAUGUUUCGAUCCAGGCUUUGACUCAGAGUCAUCCUUUUCACUCAUCGAAGACAACACAGAGUUCAUUACAAUUACCCCUCUUGCAAUUACAAGUAACAGCAGUAUCCAGUCGCUCCAAGAUACUAAAAACAUCUCUACAGAAGACACUAAUAGUGAUGCAACACCAAUUAAAAUCAUAUCGGAUGAGAUUGUAACUCCACCUCUGGUUACUUCGCAAAACUGUGGUCGGUUUGAUGACAAUAACAACAAUAGCACUAGAAAGUUGGUCCAUGCAACAAGAAAACGAAGAACAAAAAUUAAUAAUGAUUUGGAUGAAAACGCCUCUGCUUUAAUCGAAGCAUCACAAAAUUUAACAAAUGCCUUUCAUGUUGCAUCAAAAACAAAUAACACUGACGAAAUUGUAAAACUGGACCCCGACUUGCAACUCAAAGCGAAGAAACAAAUGCAUGACAUUUUGAUGGAUCUGCAAAGUGAGCAAUUGAAACGGAAUGGGCUUAUGUAACACAAUGACUAUUUAUAUGUAUGUAUGUAUUUACACUCAUAGACAAAAAUAGGAGUGUCCCUUUUUGUCAUGUUUUGACCAUUUUCCGUAGGUUAUUGAAUUUUAAUAACUUAUUUAUAAAACUUUAGUUAACUCUACAACCAAACACAUAUCACUAGAAGCUUUAAACUUUAAACAAAAUUCAAGAAAAUGCAUAAAAUUACAUAACAAUUUCGAACUUCCUUUUAAGUAUUUCAAAAACAAAAUGGGUGGUUGCUCAGCUUAAAAAAAAACAAUACCCAAAAUUAACGGUGAUCUUAAGCCACUUGAAAUUUGCCAUUUAUUACAUAAAAAUUACACAUCUACACAGACAUGCAAUUUUCUUUUUA